AUGUUCCAUCUGGGUGCUAUAGAAGGCCAGCAAAUACCUUUCUAUUAGAUCUUAGCAUCUGGGUGUGUGCUCUGCACUGCCCAGAUAGGAUGAGCCUCUGGCAAUUCCAUUUAUUCAAAGGCAAAUGGAAGCCUGCCACUGGAGGCUCUUGUGUGUUCCAACAAAGGACCUAUAUUGCCUAAGGAAACGGUGUUUCCUCCUACAAGGUACAAUCUUGGCUCCUCUGCCAUGAGGGGUGUUCCUAGAAAUGUGCUCCAGAGACUUUUCUAUUUAACCAGGAUACAAAUUGCAUUGUUACAUAAUUCCCCUGCUGAGGCCCUAUGA